AUGGAUUAUAUUGAAUACAAAGACGCUAAAUUGUAAUUUGUUGGAAUUCGUAAACAUUUUUUUCGAGAUAAACAAUAUUAUGUAACUGUGUUCUAAGAGUAUUUUACAAUUGGCAGUGUAAAAAAUAAUUAUGAAAAAUGUUUAGUCUAAAGAUACUUAGUCCCCGAAAUAUAAAAUCUAAUUAAAACUUUCAACAAAGAUCAAUUGGAACUUGAAAAAGUUAAAAGAUGGAGUGAUUUUAUAGUCCUUCGUUUUUCCUUACUAAAACAAAUUUAAGACUUUGUGUGCUGACCCAUUAGACUUGCUUCGGUACAACGUAAUAGUAUCAUAGAUUCAAGGAAAUCUUAAAUUUAAAAGUAACAUACGAAGGAAUUGGGGAUACUUAUAUACCCCUUUUACAAAUUGGAAAAGGCAGUUCAGCAAAAGUAAAAUAAUUUUGAAAUAUUUAGGUAUACAGCGCUUAGAAUGUUAUUAAUUCAAAAGUCUAUGCGAUCAAAGCUAUUGAGAAAUCAUUUUUAAAUUAAACCGAUAAAGGUUCAGGAUUAGUAAUCAUUUUCAUUUAAAACAAUUUAGGAAGCCUAUAAUAUGGAAGUGUCUAUCCUAAAAAUUAUAUCUGGCUAUUCAUCCAACUUUCUGAUUUUAAGGGAGAUCUAUGAAGGAGAUCAUACCUAUUACUUAGUGACCGAAUAUUUAGAGGGACAAAGUUUAAGCGAAGAAAUAGACAGAGCAAAGGUAUCUAAAAGGUUUUUCUAAACAUUUAGGGUCUCCAUGAUAAGCGCUUACCAAUUCAAAACAUUAAAGUAAUAAUUGCGAAAUUACUAUAAAGUGUGGCUUUACUGCAUUCCCAUAAGGUAAUUUCAAAAGAUAAUUUAGAUUAUCCAUAGAGAUUUAAAGCCUGACAACAUGAUGUUCGCCAAGAGGAAUGAUUAUUUCACCCUUGUCCUUGUCGAUUUUGGAUUGGCUACAAUUGAAACUUUGGAUAAGUAUUCUAUUAUCACAAUCACUUCAAGAUAUUUAUUUCCAAAAUGUGGAACUCCAGGGUAUGUAGCUCCUGAAGUCUUAACUACCAGUGUGAGCAGCAAAUACACUACAAAGGUAGAUGUCUUUAGUUGUGGGUGUAUAUUGUAUAAGCUUCUGACUGGAAGGAGCAUCUUCAAUGGCAACUCAUUUGAUGAAGUCUUGAGAGCUAAUAAAAAAUGUGAAAUUGAUUUAAAAUUGCCCAUGGAUCAACAUUAUAUUACAGAGGAUUCAAUUGUAAUUAAUUAAUCAUAUUUUAAUGAGAAUUUACUAAAUUAAUUGUUAAGGAAAGAUCCAAAGCUUAGAACAAGUGCUAGAAAGGCUCUUUAACAUCCUUUUUUUGAUUAAAUAAGUGAGUAUAGCACUUCACUCUAAGCAUCACUUCUAUCCACAAUCAAAUAAAACAAUCUCAAUUUCCAAAUUUAAUGUGAAGAGAUAAUGUCACAGUAUAAUUUGGAUGAAGAGGUAAUAAAUUCUGAAAUUUUGGAUUAAGAAUUGCAUCAGAUUUAACUGCCAAAGUUAAAGAAAUGUAAUUAAAUGUGUGAGUUGCAAUCACCAUAAAAUGCAAUGUUUCAGUUUUUUUAGAAAGAACCACUUUCAAUAGCAAGGAGUAACAGAUUGGUUGAUUUGGCAAGUCCAAGGGGUGACUUUUUUGAAGGAAUCCUAGAAUGA